AAGAGUACUGAAACGAUGCUGCGUGCGCGAAGAGCUCCAAUGGAGUCCUUGUCGGGGACACCGGCUACGGAUGGGAAUAACGUGAUAAACGCUGAAAUCUAUCGCAUCAUCACUCAGCAACUUCUUGAUGGAUUUGCCAUCUGGCGUGUAAAGAUGUUCAACGAUCGGACUUUUGUGGAAAAGACACGUCGAAGUUAUUGGCUUGGUGACCGAUACUAUCGCAUGGACAAUGACUACUACUGGGUUGCUCGGGACACUUGUGCAUAUCGAAUGAACGAAACGGAACGGAGAAAUUUAGUCUACGAGGACGGUCUACCAAUAUAUGAUAUCAUCUACCAAUGCAAACGCUAUGAAGAAUAUUGUUGUGGGUUGGACUGCUGUCGGAUAUAUGAUUUACAACACCCCGCUACGACACCACCAUGGAGGAGGCCUCGAUGGAACGCAGCUUUCAUCAUGUGUAUACCUACUCUUUUUACUCUAAUGCCAGUAUUCACCUUGUUUCUCAAUUAA